UCCUUCCUGCAUCGCGGACGUGAAACAGCGGCUGUAAAAGUUUAUCAGCUGGAGUGAAAGUGGAGUUUUAAUCGCGGCUCGGUCACACCUCCAGGACAUUAUUCGGCCUCCCCAUCUUCUCCCCGCAUCACCUCAUGGCUUAUCCGGGAUAUGGAGCCCCUGCAGCCUUCUGUCCUCCGAUGUUUACGCCCCCCGCAGCCAGUGACCCCAUGUGGGGAUUUUUCACAGCGGUCGCCGGCCAGGAUGGAGAGGUGGAUGCUGAGGAGCUCCAGACCUGUCUGACUCAGUCUGGCUUCAGUGGCAGCUACACUCCUUUCAGCUUGGACACGUGCAGGAUCAUGAUCUCCAUGCUGGACAAAGACUACUCGGGGAAGAUGGGCUUCGGUGAGUUCAAGGAGCUGUUCACCGCCCUGAACGGCUGGAAGCAGAACUUCAUGGCCUUUGACCGGGACCGCAGCGGCACUGUGGAGCGGCAUGAGAUGAUCCAGGCCAUCAGCGCCAUGGGAUACCAGGUCAGUCCUCGGGUCCUGGACGUCAUGGUGAAACGCUACAGCAGAAGAGGGAGGAUCUACUUCGACGACUACGUGGCGUGCUGCGUCAAACUGCGAGCGCUCACAGACAACUUCAGACGCAGGGACAUGAUGCAGCAGGGACGCGUCACCUUCCUGUACGAUGAUUUCAUUCUGUGCACGAUGGCCGUCUGAGAGCUGCCUCCGGUGGACACACUGCAGUCCUGAGCCCCUCUGAGGACACUUCUUCCACACCUUUUCCUGUUGUGCCAUCGUCAGCCUUGAAGGGAAGACAAACUCGUGGCUGUGUUGAAGUCUGAUCUCCUCCUGGACUUCAUGAGAUGUUUGUGCAGGAUCAGACCGAAGCUUCGUCUUCUUCCAAACCAGUGCCGGUGCCUCCACAGCCCCGUGGUUAAAGGGAACACAUGUUUUAUAAAAUGCAUUUAAAUACAUUUUUAGAAUUUUUUUUGGGGGGCUUUUAGGAUUUCUUUGGAUUUUCUCUGCUGCGGCAUUUCUCUUGAGAUCAGGUCUUCAGAACAAACUUCCUAAAAAAAAAAAAAAAAGGUCAAUUGUACUCUAUUAAAUAUGCCUUUACACAUUUCUUUCAUGUCAAAUUUCACAUUCUUUCCUGUUAUUUCUUCCUUUUUUAAAGUUAGUCUCUACUCAAACUUUGAAUGUUGUUGAGCUUAGAGCUUCUGUUACCAUGGCAACUUAAGUGCAAACAGUACAAGCUAACAUAAAUGUGGCCUGAAACUCGACUCAGGAGUCAUUUGCUGCAUAUGUUUAACCACAUGUGUUAUAAUAAACUAUUUUUUAAGGUGU